AUUGCAUUCUAUGCCAGUGACAGUGACGAGUUGCUUCUCGUGGCUUUAUUCUGGAGUCACAUCACCUACUGAGUUAAAUGUAAAUAAUCUAAUUAAAAUUACAUUUCAGUUAAUUCGGCUACCAUGGGGAAAAGAGACAACAGGAUUGCUUAUGUAAAUCCUAUAGCUGUUGCUAGAUCACGGGGGCCAGCUGCCUCCUCAGGGCCAUCAAUACAGGAUUAUCUGAACAGACCUAGGCCCACAUGGGAAGAAGUUAAAGAACAACUUGAAAAGAAAAAGAAAGGCUCCCGUGCUCUGGCUGAAUUUGAAGAGAAAAUGAAUGAUAAAUGGAGAAAAGAGCUUAAAAAAAACAGAGAUGAGUUACUUGGGGGAAAUGAAGGAUCUUCAAAAACUAAAGAGAAAAAAGCGAAAGUAAUGAAGAAAUCGAACAGGCAUUCUUCAUCUUCCUCCUCUUCAUCAAGUUCUGAUUCUUCUAGCAGCUCCCCUGACUCUGAUGAGGAAGAUAAGAAGCAUACUAAAAAGAAAAGAAAAAGGAAGCACAGCUCUGCCAGGAAGUCAUCCGUGGGCUCUUCAUCUGAAUCUGAUGCUGACAGUAAGGAGUCUUCAAAAAGGAAAAAAAAGAAACCCAGGAAGGACCCAGUGAAAGAUAAGGAAAAAUCAAAUAAGAGAAAGAAGUACAAGAAACAUAGAAGGAAGAAGAAAAAAGAAAGUCCGGUUCCAGCUCUGGUUUAGAGUAACGUGUGAAAUGUGAUGUGCCUGGAUUAAGCUAAAGUGAGAAGAUAUUAUUGUACAGAAAGACACUAUUUUCAAUCUUUAACAAAUAAAACAACAAACAAAACUAAAAUUACAAAAAGAGCAUUACUUGACUACCCAGGUAAUGUUUACAGUUUUGUAAAAGUUGACUUGAUACUGACGAACUGUUUUUAAAUGUUCCUCCAGUCUGGAAGUUUUUCUUGUUAUUAAAUGGGCUAUGCUGCAGUUUAUAGUGGUGAUUUGCCUAAUAUACACUUAUUCCUUGUCAGAAAGACAUUAAAAUAGAGCUGUGAAUAUUUUAUGGAUACUUUAAUUGUUCAAUGUACAGCGUAUAAGCCCACUUAUUUUGAUAAUUAAACGUAUUUGCCAGAAUA